AGAGCAAUGACCACCACUAGAUUACUCUUGCGUCGUAAUUCGAAACCGUCGGAUCUCUUUCGUCCAUCAUCUUCUUCUUCGCCGUCGUGUUCCCUGUCACGCACAAGAAUCCUGAAAUGCUCGUUGGGGGAUCAGAAUCAGAAACCGCACAUUAAAGAUAAAGAUAGAAAAUCUUCGGUGGAGGUGAAAGCUUAUGUGCCUACUUCAGAGAUCGUGAUAAAAAAUAAGACUGAAGUAAGACGAGGAUUGAUGGAUUCUGUGUUUCUUGUAUCACAAGUAACUGAUAUUUUUAUCACGGAGUUAAGGCAAGCCAUCAAAAGACGGGCAUGGAAACUGCAGUUGCAGAGGAAUAUAGAAAGGGUGAUACUUGACUGCAGAUUCUACACCCUAUUUGCCGUUGCUGGAACUUUAUUAGGUUCUGUACUCUGCUUCUUUGAGGGUUGCUCUCGUGUCCUAGAAUGUUAUUCACAUUAUCUUAAGGGAUUGUCGCAUGGAGUAAAGAGUAACACAGUUCAUAUUUUAAUCGAAGCCAUUGAUAUGUUCUUGUUCGGCACAUCCAUGCUAGUUCUAGGAAACGCUUUUUAUAACAUGUUUGUGAGUUGCAAAACAAACCAAAGCAACCAAUCGAUUGGUGAAGUAAAGGCCAGAAUAGGGUAUGCGGUGGUAAUGAUACUUCACGUUGGGAUGAUGGAGAAGUUCAAGACGACACCAUUGGUGACAUGUAUGGACCUCGCUUGUUUUGCUGCAUCACUCUUCAUUUUAUCGGCUUCUAUGUUCCUUUUGUCUAAAUUGUCUUCUUCACGAACUACUAAAACCGGCGAAAGAGUUUAAUUGAUAGAUAGGAUUGUCGUCAGUUACUAAAGAAAAAACAGCUUGUCGUAUAAAACUAAUAGUUUAGUACAUAAAUAUUUUCCAUUAGUUUCAUUUUCAUAUGUAUA